GGAAUGGGUUGCUGCUCAGGCCGCUGUACCUUAAUCUUCCUCUGUACCUUACAGCUGUUGAACAAAGAAGCCUCAUGGUUCUGGCAGCAUUGGAGAGACAGAUCUUUGAUUUCCUGGGUUACCAGUGGGCUCCCAUUUUGGCUAAUUUCCUUCACAUAAUUGUGGUCAUUUUGGGCCUGUUUGGGACAAUUCAGUACAGGCCUCGCUACAUUGUUGUGUAUGCUAUCUGGACAGCCUUGUGGGUGGCCUGGAAUGUAUUCAUUUUCUGUUUCUAUUUGGAAGUUGGAGGACUCUCAAAGGAUAGUGACCUGAUGACCUUUAAUAUCUCCAUGCACCGGUCAUGGUGGAGGGAACAUGGACCAGGUUGUGUGCGGAAGGAAUUGACUGCAGCAACCAGUAAAAGCCUGGAUGAUCGCACUUAUAUCUCAGUGACAGGCUGCAUUGUUGACUUCCAGUAUCUUGAGGUUAUUCACAGCUCCUUCCAAAUACUACUGUCACUGAUUGGUUUUGUGUACGCCUGCUAUGUGAUCAGUAUUUUCACUGAGGAUGAGGACCGCUGUCGAAGUAAAUGACAGACAACAAAUGAUCAUGAACAGCUGGGCUCCUGCUGAAGACUACAGUUCUGAGCAAAGAGAAAACAUUAUCAGGUGUGGGCAGGUACACCCACAUCAUAAUUCAUUUCUGAUCAAAAUUCAAGUCAAGGACUAAUUUUUUAGGCAUAUCCAAGUUGAUUAAGAAAUGCUACUUGGUUCUGCUUACUGACUGUUUCUUGUCCGAUUCUCUACAUUAAUAGUAUCUAAUAUGGAGCAUCCAAUUAAAAUAUAUAUACUGAAGCAACCUGUAAAUUCAGUAGUCAAGUGAUCUGUUUCAGGCAAAAUCCACUGAGAAACAGAAAAAUAUAAAACUGGACUUGUGCUGAAAGUGAAUCUAAUGGUAGCAACUGUUUCUCUGUAGCAUAUUUGAAUGAGUCAGUUUUCAACUUGUACAAAAAUACCUUUUUUUAAUGGAUUUAUGAAGUAUUAACUCUUAACACAUUUGUAAGAUGCUGUUAGCACCCCCGUAUUUUGUAGUCUUGUGAAUGUUACAAAUAUUUUAUGGGCAACAUGUUUUAGGCCUUUGAACGGAUAAUAGAUUAGGUGAUUAAAUGAAAGCUUUCAUUCUUAUGAUUGCUGUGUUCCUCUCACUGGAGUAGUUGAAAACCUUGUUCAUGUUCUUCUGCUCAGCAGAGCAUAUGGCAUGAUUGUAAUAUCCACACUGACAAAUCCAGUCUAUAACCAUUCCCCAAUGUUUCAGAGCCCACAGAAAACCAUACUUAUAGCCUUCACUUGGAGCACAUCCACAGGCAGCAUCUAGACUCCAGAGCCUAGAUGUUUGACCUCACCUGAAAAAGAAGCAUGCAAUGCCUGGGCUGCAUGCAUAUGCUCACCUUGGUUCAGCAAUGAAAGACUUCACCAGGCACACACUCCUUGCUUAUUAAUGGUACAGCUGUUAGGGGAAAUCUAGUACCUUCAUCUCUACUUUAAAAGCACUCAAAUGUCGAUUGCAAGAACGGGAUACUGACGUUAUUAGUGUAUUAAGACAGAGAGGGGUGUCCUUGAAAUUUGCUUCGAUCAGUUGUUUUCUAAGAACUCUGGCAGAAGGUGUUACUGGUGGUCAACAGUGCUGUGCCAUUUCAUGGAUUUUAAUGUGGUAUUGCAGUAUAUUGAACCAAGACCAGGAAUCAGGAAAUAUAUCAAGGUGUGUACAAGCUUUGCUUAUGCAAGCUGAUAAUCCACAGUUUCUCACAGUACUAAAGUUUAUCUGUCCAGCCUGUGUCUGCAAUUGCUUGUGUGCCAAGAGUACUGGCAGGAGUGGUGUGUCUUGCUUGAAGCCCAGAAACUAAUCUGAAUUGGGAGCUAGCUAGAGAAACAAAAACAACACAGAAGACUUGUACAGGAUGAAUAAAUUGUAAUUGUUGCCAACAAUAUGGGUUGCAACUUGCAUGAUUUGCUGUCUGCUACAGCAAAGUAGCUGCAUUCCUUGAAAAUGCAUCUGCUGCGCAUAUUUGGGGAACGUAAUAUGUUACGCCUGGCAUGGAAUUGAGCGACCCCUGAUUCAACAGUGGAUUGCACAUUAAGCAUUGAGCUGGCAUAGCCUGGGAUAACCCCUGGUGUAAACAUUAAUGACUACUGUGUCCAUAACUGUCAUAAGAAUUGCCUUCCAUGCCAUAGUUUGAAGGCUGAGUCAUGGCUGCAGCAGAUAUUUCCCAUGGUGAAAGAAUGGCACCUGAGGUCUUGCUACUCAGUGAUAUUGAUAAAUGGGAACUGUUCACUAAAGAUCCACUGUGCUGCUGGUGCUAUGCUGACCUCCCUUUUUCUAAUCAUAUCCAAAGAACAAAAGAAAUAAUGUCACACCAUAAAAAUCAAGCUGUUCCCAGAAUCAAAAUAGCGAGAAGCUUCAGCAAUUAACUAGCAACGCAAUAUGUCAAACCAACACGUAACCCUUAUGGAAUCAAUGAACCCAUUAAGUAGCACUCCUUGAUGACUGUGUCAUGAUUUUCUUGCUGAGUUCAUCUCUAAUGGGUGAGAUGCUCGAACACAUCAUUCCAUAUUCCUUAGGUAUCAUCUUACACGAUACAAUUAAAUGUCUAGGCUAAGGAAUCAGUUUGAAGAGGGCAUUCAUGUCCUAAGAAUAAUAUGAAUAUUAAAAAGUCUAGAAAUUACUUUUGAUGAAAUUAGCAAAUGGACAAUUCAUGUACAUGGAUGAGGGUUUCUGUCUGAUAUUGUAACAGGGUGUGUGUUAAAUAAAUGCCCACCUACCUUAACCAUAAUGUCUAGUCUGAUUUAUGGAGAAUGGGGGAGAGGGACUAACUCAUUUACAGUAACUAUUCAAACAAGUUCAAGUUUAAACUCUGAACCAGUGACACAUUUGUUGUAUGCAAAAUUCUAAAAUGAUGGUGCAUUUUGUUUAGAAUAUGAAAUUUAGAUGAACAGAAUUUUCUGAUGCUGAAUUUUGUAUACAUUUUGCAAAGAUGAGAAAGAAAUCAGAGUUUAAUCUAAACACAUUUUCUGGAAAUACUUUCUCAAGCGAAGCUUUACUUCCUAAUGUACCAGGAAGCAUAUCUCCAACAAAACAGGCGAGCAACUCCUAAGCACCAAAUUUCUUAUCAUGUUCAAGAUCAAGACCCCUCUCUAUGGCUGAUAUCAGUCCAGCAAUUCCAGGAUUUCAUCCCUUUUUGUAAACCCAGCCAUUUCCUGGCAAUGGGAGAUGUAAUGAAUGGAUUAUCCCCAACCUUCAGCUCAUGAGAAAUUCCCAAAUUUCUGAAUUCAUUCCCAUAUCUCUUCACAAGUAACUCUCAUUCACUCGAAGUUGGCACAUGUAGUCUCAAGGCAUUCUGAAGGGAAUUUGAAACAAUUCCAAGCGAAGGUGAUCGAUCCCGGAGGAGACCGAUGCCUGAAGCAGUAGCUUGUUGUCAGGUAAAGAAAGAAGUUGCUGAUAACUUAGCAGCCAUGGUGCAGCAGGAAGCUGCUCAGACUGGUCUUUUGUCAGCACGGGCACACCCCCUCCCUACCACAGAUGGCACAGGAACACAAUGCCCAAACUAACAACUUUCCUGAAACUCUGCUGACAGAGCUGAAUGCCCCACGUUUAGCAUUAUUAUUUUCCACUUUAUUAAUGUCAAAGUCAAAUGUUGCAACUGCUUGACAAAUUUGUUUUCACAGUUAGUCAUUGGGAUGUACAGCACAGAAACAGACCCUUCAGCCCAACUCAUCCAUGCUGAUCAGAUAGCCUAAAUAAAUCUAGUCUCAUUUGCCAGCAUUUGGCCCAUAUCCCUCUAAUCCCUUCCUAUUCAUGUACUCAACCAGAUGUCUUUUAAAUGUUGUAAUUGUACCAGCCUCCACCACUUCCUCUGGCAGCUCAAUCCAUACAUGCACCACCUUCUACGUGAAAAAGCUACCCCUUAGGUCCCUUUUAAAUCUUUCCCCUCUCACCUUAAGCUUAUGGCCCCUAGUUUUAGACUCUCCCACCCCAGGGAAAAGACCCUGUCCAUUCACCCUAUCAAUACCCUAAUGAAUUUGUAAACCUCUAUAAAGGUCACCCCUCAGUAUUCAAUGCUCCAGGAAAAAUAGCCCCAGCCUAUUCAGCCUUUCCCUAUAGUUCAAACUCUCCAGAUCUGGCAACAUCCUUGUAAAUCUUUUCUGAACCCUUUUCAAGGUUCACAAUAUCCUUCUUAUAGCAGGGAGACCAGAACUGCAUGCAGUAUUCGAGAAGGGGGCUAACCAAUGUGCUGUACAGCCACAAGAUGAGGUCCUAACUCUUAUACUCAAUGCACUGAACAAUAGAAGCAAGCAGACCAAACACCACCUUCACUAUCCUAUCUACCUGCUACUUCACUUUCAAGAAACUAUGAACCUGCGCUCCAAGGGUAUCUUUACUCAGCAACACUCCCCAGGACCUUACUAUUAAGUGUAUAAGUCCUGCCCUGAUUUGCUUUGUCCGAAAUGCAACAUCUCACGUUUAUCUAAAUUAAACUCUAUCAUGUAGAACAAGGGUUUUCGAAUAGUGGAAUAGGAGGAAUAGUGGUCAGUUAUGGGCUGGAGUUCCUGUUCUUUCAAAAGGUCUUUGAAACUGCUAUGUUUCUACUGAUUACAAAUGUGUAGUGUUACUAAUGCAGCAGUUAUAUGUGCACUGAUGAUAGCCUUUGAAUACUGGCUUUCUUGUGUUAACCUUAUGAAUAAAGCACAUUUUGUGUAACUUUUUAAAGAAUAAUCUUGUAUACGUAAGCACAUUCUGGUGUAUUGAGUGUGUUACUGAUAGAAAUACAUUGUAAACUAUAUUUACUUAUCUAGUAAGUCCAUUCUCCUGGGUUCCAUGUUUAAAAAAGUAUUGA